AUGGAGAUUUCGUACUACCUUCUGCUCAUACCCUUGCUGUAUUUACUCACCAAUCAGAUUACCAAAAGAUUCAAUAAUCUCCCACCGAGUCCUUUUCCAUCUUUACCUGUAAUUGGGCAUCUUCAUCUCAUCAAGAAUCCAGUCCAUCGAACAUUAGCUCAGAUCUCCAGUAAAUAUGGCCGAGUUCUCUUGCUUUAUUUUGGUUCUCGCCCUGUCCUCCUCAUAUCUUCACCCUCUGCUGCAGUGGAAUGCUUCACCAAGAAUGACAUAGUCUUCGCAAAUCGGCCCAAGUUCCUCGCGGGAAAAUACCUUGGCUUUAACUAUACAACUCUGGUUUGGGCCUCGUACGGUCAACACUGGCGCAAUAUAAGAAAAAUCGCUACCGUUGAUAUAUUAUCAGGUAGUCGAGUCCAGAUGUUUACGCGCAUACGUUCUGAGGAGGUUCACUUGUUGAUUCGGCGCCUUCUAAAGGCCGCUGCCGCUAGUGCUGAUGACCAGGGCAUGGUCGAUAUGAAAUCAGCCUUCUUCGAACUCACACUGAACAUUAUUGUGAGGAUGAUUGCUGGAAAACGAUAUUCUGGUGAUGGCUCAGGAAAAAUAGAGGAAGUCACCAGCUUUCAAGAGAUGGUUAAAGAGAGUCUUAAAGUCAGCGGAUCAACAAAUGCUGCGGAUUUUGUUCCACUACUGAGGUGGAUAGGGCAAAAUAAGCUUGAAAGUCAUCUGAAAACGUUGCAGAUGAAGAGGGAAAAGUUCCUACAAGAUUUGAUUGAAAAGCACAGAAGCAUCGCCAGCCAUCGUGAGAACAAGACACUGAUUGAUGUUCUCUUAUCUCUCCAAGAGACCGAACCAGAGUACUAUACGGAUCAAAUCAUCAGAGGCUUGGUUCAGAUAAUGUUAUCGGCGGGAAGUGACACAACAUCUGGAACUAUGGAAUGGGCACUGUCAGUUCUGCUGAACAACCCAGAGGCUUUAAAGAAAGCGCAAGAAGAAAUAGACGUUCAAAUAGGCCAAUCAAGGCUGAUAACUGACUCAGACCUUGGCCAGCUUCCUUACCUUCAAGCAAUAAUAAACGAAACUUUUCGUAUGUAUCCUGUGUCCCCUUUUAUCUCCCUGCAUGAAUCAUCCGAAGAAUGUACUGUUGAAGGCUUUGGUAUCCCUCGUGGGACAUUGCUCCUAGUGAACCUUUGGGCUAUUAAUUAUGAUCCUGAAAUAUGGGAAGAACCCACAAAAUUCAAACCUGAAAGGUUCAUGAACUUGGAAGGAGAGAGAGAGAGAUUUGAGUUUAUGCCAUUCGGGCUUGGCCGAAGAGGAUGUCCUGGCGAAAAUUUUGCUCGACGAGUUGUGGGGUUGGCAUUGGGUUCACUUAUUCAAUGCUUUGAGUGGGAAAGACCUGGAGAAGAAUUGGUGGACAUGAGUGAAGGAGCUGGGCAUACUAUGCCUAGAGCUCAACCGCUGCUGGCAAAGUAUAGGCCACGCCCUGAAAUGGUUAAGCUUCUUUGA